AUGAAGUCGGCUUCACAGAGGCCCGUGGCACGCUCUAGGGUGUUGUCAAUAAUCAUCCAUGCGAUAGGCUUGCUGCUUUUCGCAUUGUCAUUUUCCCAGGUCCCUAAGGGCACAAACCCUUUGCGCAAGGGGUUUGGAGGGCCGUAUAAGUUUCUUACCAUCAUCGCCCUCCUCCUAUCAACAAUAACAUUCGUGAUCGGCUUCCUCGCCGACGUACUCAAUGUGAAGCCUCUAUUCGUAGCUAAGAGCUACAUGUCACUAUGCGCCACGCCUGUUGAGCUUCUCAUUACGAUAUUCUACUGGACUUUAUAUUUCAUUGACAGGACCAAGUUGACUCCUCCCGGCCACCAGCUCCCGCUCAGCCAUGAUCUUGGCCUCCAUGCUGUCCCUACUAUCAUGUUGCUGGCCGAUCAGCUGAUCUUGAGCCCACCAUGGCCAAUCAAUGGACGCGCGGCUUUUGUCUUAGAUCUCGCCAUCGCCUUUUCUUAUUGGGGUUGGAUCGAAUAUUGUUUUUCGAUUGUUGGAUGGUACCCGUAUCCUGGCCUUACGCUGGCAUCUCCCUUUAAGAAGUUGGUUAUGUGCGUUGUUUGGGCAGCUUUCUUGGCAGCUACUACUGUCCUUCUCAAGGAAUUGCACGAGAAAAUCAUUGCAAUUACAGAUGCAACGCGAACAGUGGACUCAUCCAAAACAAAAUGA